CUAAAUAAAAAUGAAGUAGUAGUAAUUGACGGCGUCUACUCUUCCUAAUUCCUCUCUCAUUUGCUGCUCCCAAUUCCCAACUUUUUAGACUUUUCUUCCUUUUUUUCUUCCUUUUUCCCUUCUGGAUUUUGAUUUUUUAAGUCUUCUUUAAUGAAACCAUGAAGUAAACGCCUUCAUUUUUAAUUGAUUUUCCUUUAAAAGUAUGAAUUUCUCAGAGUUUUUUAGAGGACAAUAAGGGCAAUUUUAACUUUUUCUUCAUCCUCGAUUUCUGCGUUCGUUGAGGUAAAUCAUCGAAUACUUGGCAGUCAAUUUUGGGUUUUAUGUGAUUUUGAAUUUUAUAGAACGUGAAGAACUAGGGUAUUGAAGAAUUGGGUUUGAAAAUGGGGGAUUUGGUGAAACAGAUCUUGACAAGACCAAUUCAAUUAGCUGAUCAGAUUAUCAAAGCUGCUGACGAAGCUUCUUCGUUCAAGCAAGAGUGUUUAGAGCUUAAAGCAAAGACUUCUAAGCUUUCGGACCUGCUCCGUCAAGCUGCCCGAUCAAGUUCGGACCUAUAUGAACGACCCACCCGGCGGAUCAUUGAUGGAACAGAACACGUUCUUCAAAAAGCUUUGUCUGUAGCCCAAAAAUGCCGGGCUAACGGACUUCUUACAAAGGCAUUUACCAUCAUUGAAGCUGCUACUUUUUGGAAGAUGUUCGCCCAAUUGGAGAAUUCCAUUGGAGAUGUUUCUUGGCUUCUUCGGGUUUCGGGAGGUACCGGGGAUGAUGAUGGGAUCGGGGGAUACCUUGGGCUUCCUCCGAUCGCAGCCAAUGAGCCUAUUCUUUAUCUGAUUUGGGAACAAAUCUCAUUUCUUAUAUUUAGGUCAGUGGAUAAACGGGCCGAAGCCGCUGCUUCAUUGGUGUCGCUGGUCCGAGACAGUGACCGUAACGGGAAGCUCAUCAUCGAAGAAGGCGGCGUAGGCCCGUUACUUAAGCUAUUGAAAGAAGGUAAAACGGUUGAAGGUCAAGAGAAUGCAGCCCAUGCAAUCGGGUUGUUGGGCCAUGACCCGGAGAGUGUGGAACAAAUGAUUCAUGCUGGGGUUUGUUCUGUAUUUGCUAAGAUCCUUAAAGACGGGCCAAUGAAGGUCCAAGCCAUGGUGGCUUGGGCUGUCUCAGAAUUGGCCCGUCAUUACCCGAAAUGUCAAGGUAUAUUCUUUCAGCAUAAUGCUGUACGUUUGUUAGUUGGGCAUUUAGCUUUUGAGACAAUUCAAGAGCAUAGUAAGUAUGUGAUUGUUUCAACAAAAUCUACUUCAGGUGCUUCGAGCAUGCACAAUGCUGCGGUUAUUGCGAUGGCUGCUGUCAACGCAAACCCGAGAAGUGCCAAUGACGAGAUGUCUCGAAUUUCUCAUCCAUUGGGGAAAAGGAGUGAAAGUCCAAGUAGAUGGAAUAAUAAGCUUAAUAGUGCUCAAGCACAAGCUAAGGCUAUGGUGAAUCCUAAUGUUGGUGGAGCUUUACCUAAUGGCAAUGGAAAUGGUAGUAAUCAUGCUCAUAAUCAUAGUCAUAGUAUAAGUACGAUUGUAGGGAGCAAAAUGAGGGAAAGAGAAAUGGAGGAUCCGGGUACGAAGGCGAGCAUGAAAGCAAUGGCAGCUAGGGCUAUAUGGUAUCUUGCUAAAGGGAAUUCGGGAAUUUGUAAGAGUAUAUGUGAAUUACGUGCAUUGUUGUGUUUUUCGGUUCUUUUAGAGAAAGGAACACUGGAAAUUCGAUAUAAUUCAGCAAUGGCAGUGAUGGAAAUCACUGCCGUUGCUGAAAGGGAUGCUGAUCUUAGACGAUCAGCAUUCAAGCCGAGUUCACCUGCUUGCAAAUCGGUGGUUGAUCAGCUGUUAAGGGUUAUAGAGCAAGGUGAUUCAGAGCUUUUGAUUCCUUGUAUUAGGGCAAUUGGGAAUCUGGCCUUUCGAGCUACUGAGACUCGAAUGAUCGGCCCAUUGGUUCAACUUCUAGAUGAGCGAGAGCCAGAAGUUGAACGUGAAGCGGUAUUGGCCUUAACCAAGUUCGCGGGUAAAAACUACCUGCAAGUAGAUCACUCGAAGGCGAUACUAGCUGCUGGCGGAGUAAAACAUUUGAUACAACUGGUGUAUUUCGGAGAUCAGCAAAUUGUGCAGAUCCCGGCAUUGGAGCUCCUAUCGUACAUCGCAUUGCACGUUCCUGAUAGUGAGGAAUUGGCUCAAAACGACGUGCUUAAGGUUGUGGAAUGGGCAUCAAAACAAGCUCAUAUGGUGCAAGAUGAAGCAAGAGAAAAAUUGGUGUUGGAAGCUACAGAGAAGUUGGAACCUUACCAUGAUAAAAGAACAAGAUGAAGAUUGAAUUUAACAGAGUAAAUUGAUUAUUGUAUCUAUCUAAAUCUUGGAAUUUCAAUUUUGUGUUAUUAAAUUGAAAUUCCAAGAUUUAUUGUAUCUAUCUAAAUAAGCUUAUUGGGUCCGUCUUCACAUUAGGUGGUUCGGCGGCAAGUUGGCAAUCGUCAUUACAAGAUGUGGUUGCUCUUUCAACAACCGAAGCGGAGUACAUAGUCGUUGCCGAGUCAUUCAAGGAGGCAAAGUGGCUCAAAGGUCUUAUUGGUGAGAUGUGUUAUACGGUGUGUUCGGUAAGUGUGCAUUGUGAUAGUCAAAGUGCAAUUCACUUGGCUAGAAAUCAAAAUACAUUUCAUAGAAGGUCCAAACACAUUGAUAUUAAAUGUAAUUUCUUCCAGGAUGAAGUUGAGCACAAAAGGGUGAUUUUGAAGAAAAUUGAUACUAAAGAAAACCUGGUCGACAUGAUGACAAAGCCAUUGGCUACAACCAAGUUUGAUUUGUGUGUUCACUUGGUUGGUUUAGCUCCUUGCUUGAAGUAAUGCCCUUUGGGGCAUUUGAGUUUGUUCAUGACUCCCUAUGAUCAUUAUAUUGAGCAGCAGCAGGAUCAUAGCUCGACAUGACAGUUAUAGGAGCUUCAUUUGCUUUGCAUUGGGGGAAAGAGUGGAGUACGAUCGUAACAAUUGUGUACAAGUUGCCUAAUGCUUGUAGCUUCUAUAUUACUUGUAAAGUUUUCUUUUUGGGAUUGUAUAAUUCCUUCGUAUGGAGCCAUGUGACUCUUUGUAUGAUCCAUAGUUUCGCUGCGUAGUUUUUAGAUGUAUAGUAGUUAGAAUACUUCUUUGGUAUCCGUUAAACCGAUGCGUUAACACUGGAAUCACGAUCCUCGUUAGAGUUAAUGAUUUGAAAAGCCAAUGAUGAUUCAUUCCGUCGUGA